GUGUCCACAGUGAAGUUCGGGAGCCCUGAAGAGUACGCCUCGCUCCUCAUCAUGUCCAAUUUCAAAGUCUACAUUCUGGAGAUCACAGGACUACCCAGUGGCCAGCCAUCCAACUGGUUGAGGAAGCGUGAGGUGCAUCUGAUCCAGGACCUGGUCUACCUGCAGGUGGGCCUGCGCACACAGAGUAUCGGCAUGGAGUUCGACAGCUCGGGCAGCUCCUACACUCUGCUCAUCCGCAACCCCCCAAAGUGCAAGAACUUCAUCCAGUUUUUCACAGACAUGGUGCGGGAACUAACUCCAGGCUCAAACAGCAAGCUGAAAUCCAUCUCCUUCACCAGAAUGGACCCACAGCACCAACUCUGGCCUCUAAUCCAGGAGAAUCCCGCUGCCGAUUCAUCAGAGGGCAAACGUCCUAAUUACCUGUACGUGUUGGCGUUCCUCGUGCAAGAUGACGUCCUAUCGCCAGUCACGGUGCUUGCUACCUCAUCCACCCUGUACCUGCUGGCGGAGGACCAUCAGUGGAAGAAGGAGACCAGCGAGGAGGACAACCCUGCGCCCAUCGACCCUGUCCCCGUCAGCGAGUCGCAGCCCAUCAGCAACAUCAGCUCGCUCAGCCUGUACCAUUCGGCCCCGCACGAUGUCCGUCUACACAUCUACCACGAGGUGAGUCGCAGAGAGAGCAGCUGGUGCGUGCGGACGGAGUGCCCGGAGAUGGCGAGUGGGCUGGUGGCCUGGGUGCGUCAAUACUGGGAGGACAUGUUUGGAGUUCCGCUGAAGAUCGCCCUGCACCAAGUGCCCGACUAGGACUCGAGGAGUCGGGGGAGGGAGGGGGGAGGGGGGGAGGAGGGGAAAUCUCGAGGGUUUAGAAUUAUCCUGGACAAGACUGGGAUUUCUAUCAGGGAACGUUCUCUCCAUGAACCCGGGUCCGCAGAAGCGAGACGUUUGCUGAAGCGAACUCACGGAGCCGCUGAGUUUCCGUCGAGCCAGAGGAUUAGAGCGGAGCGCAGAAGGACACCAUCCAUCCCGGCUUGGUACCGAACCUGUCCUGUGACUCACCACACUCCCUUCUCCAUUCCCUCAUUCAUUUUUCCCUCUUUAUCUCUCCUUCUCUCUCCCUUCUUCACUCUCUAUCCCCUCUCUCUCUAUUUUAUCUCUCUAUCCCUUUUUCUCCCUUUCCCUCUCUCUCCCUCUCUUUCUCUUU